UCCCCGGCCCCGGCACGCGGAACUCCACCGCUUGGUACUGAUCGCCGAAGGCGUGGCGGCCAAUUAUUAUGGGCUUUUCCCACGUGGGCACCAAACGCGGGACCUGCAGCAGCAGCAGCAGCAGCAGCAGCAGCAGCAGCAGCAGCAGCAGCAGCAGCAGCAGCAGCAGCAGCAGCAGCAGCAGCAGCAGCAGCAGCAGCAGCAGCAGCAGCAGCAGCAGCAGCAGCAGCAGCAGCAGCAGCAGCAGCGGCGGCGGCGUCGGAUGUAG